AGGGUGUGCGCACCAUGGGCUGCCCUUGCCCUGGUGUGUCACUGCUGUCCUUUAGGCAAAGCGAGGAGGUGGGAGAGGGGACAUCCCCAGGGCUGGCCAUGGUCAGCACAGCUCCAGGCAAUGACAUUUGGGACCCAAGCCGGGGCGUGCUGGGCAGCGGAGGAUGCCUGGGCAUGUUGGAGAGCUGGGGCAGGGCAGCACGACCAGGCUUCCUAAGGGAGCCCGCCUGUUUGCUGCUAGCCCAGCUCCCACCACCAAAGGCAUUGGGUUUGCGUUUUCUUUCACAGCUUCAGAUAUUUCUGCACUGCUCGGUCUGUCUCUCACAUGUUUCACCUAGUCUAGGGGUUCGGGAUUUUAGUGAUUUCCGCCAGCUUUUGAUGAUCUGUGAGACAGAGCAGAGGGUUUUUGGGGAGGCUGUGCAUCCCCAUGUUGAAUGUUUCCAGGGGAUAGCCUGAGUCACUUCUCUCCACUAAGUGUGAUGGGGUUGAGAUGACUCAUGUGGAUGGACAGAUCUCCAUCCUCCUGCCAUGGGAUUUCAAACCCACUCCAGCAUCCUCACAUACUGAGGGCUUAAAAAGGACUGAGCUUUAACUUCUGCCAUGGAUUGGAGCUAAGAGGGAAAUAUUCUUUUCUUGGGACAGGGACGUGCUUUCCUGUACAUCUGGACUUGUUCCUCCAGUGGGUACACCAGGCUGUGGAGGCAAUCCCAGCGCUGUGCCACGUGCUCUCUGGGAAGUUUGCCUGGCUUUGUCGUAAUGGUCAGUAUAAUGGAACAGGCUGGGGGACUUGGGCUGCUGUGGGGUGGGACGUGGUCCAGGCAGCCUCCUGGGACUCAGCUCUGGUCCUGGUCAGGCUGGAUUCCCCUGAAAGUCGUAGAGGCUCUUGGGUAUUUGCUGGCAGUGUGUUGGCAGCACUUCUGAAAAUCCCCCAGCUCUCUUGGUGGUGAGGCUGUGACUGUGCGAUACCUUGCUCUGCCUGUCUCUGCUCAGGCUGCAGUGGCUCGGGGUGCAUGGAGGCUGGUGGCCAGGCAAGCCCUCCGCUGGCAUGGGACUGCAUAGUGCUGAGCCUGAACCAGGGCCCUUUGGGACUGCAGGUGGCGUAUCCUGACACCCAUAAGGGUGCUAGCCCAUCGUAUAACUAAAACAAUCUAACAAGGGCUGAGUGAGCAUGGAUCCACCUUUGUGGAAGACAAGAGCAGCCGAUGCAGCCCAGUCUGGUCUCUGCGUGUGGUAGGGACCGAUCACCCUACAGGGACCCAUGACCUUCUGCUUGUACAACCUGGUGGUGCCCACCAGGACAUAGCUGGGACCCUCCAGACACAUCCAAAAAGCAAACAGGGUAAAGUGUGAUCUACUGAAACCCACCUCAUCACAGUGUCUUUGGUGUCUGUCCUGCUAAUGACCAGCCCUCAGAGAAAGGAGAGGGCAUUGGUGUGGUCUCCCCACCAUGCCUCCCUGGCUGUAAGCACCAGGGAGGGGAAAACCCUGGAGGAAGGUGACUAUUUCCAGGUGCAGGCCUGGCCAGAGCAUGAUGCAAAUAAGGAGCCCCUGCUCAGGAGGAAGGUGGUUCAACGGGGUGAGCACUGGGAGGAUGGAGAGGUGAGGAGGGAGGCAAACUGGAGGAUCCCAGCCCCAGUGGCCUCACCUCUGUAUGGAACCACACUUCAUCUUGUAUUAGCUUGGCCAAAUAGAGCAGCCAUCGCAAACUGUUCCCCACCUCUGGGUCCCCAUUAACUGUUGCCCUGCAGAGGAGGGGCACUGAGGUUGGGUUUAUGGAGUGCUCAGCACCCGAUGCUCAGCCAGGUCCUACUCUCUCCAGCACCCUGGUAGUUUAGAAAGGAGGAUGAGGCUGCAAAGCCCCUUAAACCAUGGUCUUACCUGCCAGUUCCCGGGGUGAACUGUGCUUUCACUGCGAAGUUCUUUGUUUUCAAGAAUAUAGCCAGAUGGUUCCCAUAACUACCCCAAAUUCUUGGGAGAGGUGGCUUUUGAGUCACUAAGGUUUUUUCACAAAACCCCCUCAUAGUUAUUGAAAACUGAAGGGAGGAAUAUGACUUCUUUUCUCACCCUUCCUUUUAAUUUUUUCUUGAAAAUGAAAUAAAAUACAGCUGAUGCCAUGGGUAUUUUAAGAAUUGCAGAGAGGAAGCAGGGAUUUGCAGCUCUGCAGAGAAGUGGGAUGAAUGCAGAGAAGACUCUGGUCUUGCUGAGCUGGCAGACAGCAAAAUAACCAGUUACGGGAUGAAAUGUGUCUCGUGUCUGCUGCAAGGAAGGGAAGAGAUCCAAAGGUGGAGGAGGGGGACAGAAAGCAGAGAAGCCCUCAUGGGUGUGGAUCGGGGAACUGAGCGGCUUCUCCCUUUCGCUGGCACUUUUGCAGGGCUUGCUUUUAUGCCCUGCACUGUCAUAUUUCCCCUCGACUCAUCUAUCGUCUCCCCACCGUCAUGUGUGUUGGCUGGGGCCUGUGAGCCCUUCCUGUUUCUGGUUAGAAAGCUUGUGGUCACCGGUGAGCUCAGGCACAUGCACACAGAGCAGAAGCAAGCCCCGUCCGUGCUCGGCGACGUUGAGCGUGGACUCCAGUGCGGAUGCCACGGGGAUCGCUGCUUCGCUGUCUAGCUCCUGCCUGCUGCACCUCAGCCAAGGAGCCCUUUGGCUGCGCCUGAUCCGCCGCCACCUCCUCCUUCCUCCUCCUCGCAAUGUGCUUGCUGGGACAGUCCUGCACCCUGAAGGGACGUGUGAUCCUGGGAGCUGGAGGGAUGCAAGGGAAGGUGAGACGCAGGACCCAAGGCCAUGCCCAUGUGGAGUGAGAAGCAGCUGCGCACUCACCCCAUCGUUGCAGACGCCCUGCGGCCGCCGUGCCCACCCCGUGCUGCAGCCUCAGCUCGGCCAUGGAGAGCACAGCGGUGGAGUCGGACAUCCUGCGCCGUGUCCGCACGCUCCUGCGAGAGCUGGACGGGCAUCACCCCGCCUGCCAGUGUGACCGAGGGAUGCUGCGAUGGACCCUGCAUAAAAAAAUUGACCAGAAUCCCAGUAACAGCUCCGUUCUGGUCCGGAUCCUGGUGAAGGAGCUGGAAAGGGCGGAGCGAGGUGACUUCAGACAUUACAUCAUCCCCUUGCUGCACACGCUGAUGUAUACCUUGAUAAAGGCUCCCUGCAUCUCUGAAGAGCUCUGCAGCAGAGUGUAUGAUUUCUGCAAGAAGCUGCUCACCCUGCCCAAGCCUUUCUGCACCAUCGGUUUGGACUAUGCCAUCAGGCUGAAGAUGGAAAGGACAGCACCAGGUAUGUUGUACCAAAGAAUGGUCAUUUCCGAACAAAGUCUCAACAGCGAUCCAUAUCCUUAUCAGGAAAAGAUUUUCAUCUUUGCUGAUCCAGAGCUGCUCUCUGAAGCCAUCUGCAACGCGCUGGUCACUGACACAAAGGCAGCUCAGGCCUCCCAAAGCCCCCGGGCAUGCAUGUGCUACGUGAUCAUCCACGCCAUGCAGGCGGCCCUGGGCGAGGGCUGUGACGUUAGCGGCUUGAAGGCGAGCCUCCAGGAUAUGCCCACGAGUGACAUUGAGCACUGGUUCCGGCAAGUGGUGGUGGCAGUCGAGUGUGCAGGAAACGAGGCCAGUGCAGACCGCAGCCAGCACGCAGCAAGGCUGGAGAAGAUUUACUGCGCCGUCCUCAGCUCCUUGCAAGCAGGCAAUGCUCCCCUAGGAGGGCUGCAGGGUACCCCUCUGCCUAACCCCAACAUCAGCUUUCACCUCUGGACAGAAGACGACCAGCUCUGGAAGGAAUUGGUGCUGUUCAUCCGCCCGCUGUCGCAGAGCUGCGAGCCUGACUGCCUAAGCCAAGACCUGGACAACUUCGAGAUCCAGGACAUAAUUUCGGACUGCGAGUGCUGCAAGCAGACCCGCUUCUCCGUGCUCUCCACUGACAGUGGCAUCGAACGAGACCUGCCCACGGCAGUCGAGGAGCCCUUCGCCCCUUGCAGUGCUGAAACGGAGCAAUCCCGUCUCCACAGGAAGGGUGGCAUUAAAAAAAAGCCGUCGCCACUGGAGAACGUGGCCUUCUUGCAGGCUGGCUGCAAUGGUCCUGGGGCGAAGCCCCCGGUGAAGCUGCAGAGGAGACCAGGCAUCCCCCCAGUGCCUGCAGCCCCGCUCCAGAGGCUGCACACUGCCCGCAUCGUGCUGCUGGGGGAUGACCGGAUCCUGGGGCGCCUGGCCCAAGCCUAUCACUCUUUGAGGAAACGAGAAACACGGCGAGUUUUCCUGACUCCCAGGCUGAACCUGCAGUUCUACUACAUCCCGGUUGUGACGGGGCAGCCAAACACCUUGGCUGUUACGGACCACACUGCCACAGGCCAAGAGGACCUCUGCGAGGUGGCCGGGUACCUGGGCAGAGCUGACCCGUGGUACGAGAGCAACAUCAACACGCUGUGCCACAUGAUUCCCAAGCUGGCCGCCAUGCCUUCCUCUCCAAGCAAACAUCUUGUGACUGAUCUGUUCAUCACUGAUGUGAUUGCUUACUACGUUCGCAUGGGCAUCCAGCCCGUCUACUUCCAGGUCUACGCUGUGAAGAUUUUCUUCAAUGACCCGGCGCAGGAGCCGGCCGAGGACGUGUUCCUCACGGAGCUGCGCACCCAGGUGCAGGAGAGCAUCUCCCACAGAGAGUUAAUCAUGACCAAGAAGAAAAUGACCCUGGAUGGCCCUGGCAUAGAUCUCACAGUAACAUACAGAAAGGUUGUGGUGAGCAACCGGGCGAAGGAGCUGGCUAUGUCCCUGCGCGCCACAGGUCUCGUGAUGAAAGCCAUCCCUGCUGAUGAGUCUGAAGACCUGGUGUGUCUGAAUGUGAACAUCACUGAAAUCGUUAGGAUCAACAAUUUGUCGGGACGAUCAUUCUCAGCUGUGGCAAACAGGUUUAAGACACGCAAUAUCAAAAUCAGGAGCACAGAGCAGAGGCCCUUCACGGUGUGUCUGGACAAGGACAGCAGAAGAGCCUACAGGAACGUAAUCAGUGUGGAAGUGUCUCCUUGCCUAGAGCCCAGCUACUGCUUGCAAAAGACAAGGACAAUGAAAUUCAACCCGCACAAAACAGAAGAUGUGGGCCUUGUGAAAUACAUGCCCAGGUCUCUGCUGUUGCCUAUCAACACAUUUGCAGGCGUUAUCCAAUGAAGAAAACAAGAAAAAGCUGGUGUGAGAGAUGAGACAUUGGGUCAUCACAGAGGAGAUGGGAAAAGAAAACACACUAAAAGCCACCAACAGUGAUUUUACAAUGGUAACGGUGUAAAAAGCUGCAACAGCAGAGGUGGAUAGGGCUCUGGGAGGACAGCCAUGCCCUGCUGAAUGACAGUGAUGAUCACAGCUAACACCCCCCUGCCAAGGGGCAGAGUGUUGCUGGAACUGAGUUUUAACCUUUUGCACAAGUCAGGGAAAACCUUUGAGCUUCUUCAUUUCAGGAAGACUGGGGAAAAUACAGCUGAGGUGAUGGUGCUUGCUGUGCUUGUGGAUCAUAGAGCAGUUGCUAUCAGUAAUAUUUAUUAUGGUGAUGUCUGACAGCCCGCCAGGGGAUCAGGGCCUGUUGUGCGGGGUUCUGCACAGCAAACUCUUCAUUCUGGCACAGGGUGAUGUAUUUGGGCAAACCAGCAAUUAUUCCCCUGACUGAUUUAGGAAACCUCAUUGUAAGCCUGACCACAACUGGGAGAGCACGUGUGUCUAAUGCAGCUUCUAUGGAAGUCAGUGGGAAACCUGCUGUUGUUUCAAAGGGGCCACACAAAGUAACGAUGAAUGGUGUGAAACAGGGACAUGGGAAAUCUAGUGCAAUAUUUGGCAGUAAUGAACAGGGUAAGAACAGCUCAGGCUGCCUAGGCAGUGCUGUGGGAUAUGCUCAGCUGUGAAUGGUAUAGACCUGCUUGAAGAAGAAACCUUCAUUGAGCAGACAAUGGAGGCUGCACGACAGCUCUUUGACGUCUGAGCUGUACCUUUGAGUCCACCUGGCAUUUCGCUGUGGCUUUGCUACACGACCUCUCCACAUCUGGUCUGGAGCCUCAUGAGCACUGGUUGCCUUCCUCCAGUUGUACAUCCUGGGAACAACCACCUACAACCCCAGCAGCAGCGGACCUCUUCCGUGAGGCCAGCCAGCAAUACCUCUGCAUCCCAGUCUGCCUUGUAGUCCUGGUUUGGUCCGUGUCUGCUGUGCAGGUAAGGGAUGUAGAAGAGUAGAGUAGUGCUCCUGGGAUUGAUGGAUGGGCAGGAUGCCUGCAAGACUUCUCCGUUCCUCUGGUGCUACCAUGGUGUAGGAACCCUCCCCUGGUUUGCAGAUGGGCCAGGCUGAGCAGCGAUAGCACAGCUCCUGCUUCCACCCAGGCUCAGACUAAGCCAGUGUGAAGGAUUAUCAUGUAGGAGGACCCUGUCUUCAUUCCAGUUUGUGGCUGACUGAAAUAAUGGAAGAAACAUGGUGUGUAUUUAUUGA